AUGGCACUCAUUGAAAUCACCGUCAUAUCGGAUCCAGUAUGCCCAUGGUGCUACAUCGGCUAUCGCCGCCUAACCAAGGCCAUCCGCCUAUACCAGAAAACCUAUCCCGGUGGAAGCCAAGACCGCAUCCGCAUUUCCUGGAAACCGUACUUUCUAGACCGCGAUGCUCCAAUGGAAAGUGUUCCCUACAUAGAACGAAUGACCCAAAGACUUGGAGCCGAUAAAGUUCCUGCCGCAAAAGCUCGGUUGGAGCGACUAGGUGUACAAGAAGGGAUCCAUUUUAAAUUCGGAGGACGAUUCGGAAAUAGUCUACGUGCGCAUCAAGUGAUGUUGUUGAGCGAGUUGGUUAGUCGGGAAGAAGAGAACGAUGGACGUGGUGAUCGCGAUAUCGCUACAGCUGUUGCUGAAGGCAUCUUCCGGGCUCAUUUCGAGGAUGAGCUGGAUAUCACUGAUAUUGAAACCCUGGUGCGAGUUGCCGUGUACGCUAGUGAGGGGUAUUUGGAGGAAGCGAGAGUCCGGACCUGGCUUGAGCAGGGACAUGGGGUGGAGGAGAUUGAUGAUAUGGCGGCAAGGGCUCGUCGGGAGGGUGUUCACGGUGUGCCGUGCUUUCGCAUUGGCGGAGAGGGUGCCGACGAUGCGGUGUUAACUUUAAGUGGUGCCCAGGAUGUCGAUGAGUUCUUGCAAGCUCUCAUUGCACAUAAAACGGGAAGGGAACUGGAAUCUGCGGACAAGGAGGCAGGUCAGGCCAUGAUUUUGUGUUGA